CACCAAACCGAGGCAAUAUUUGCAUCAAGAUACCACCCAACGAUUUCUAAAUCAUCUGGUCCUGCCUAAACACAGGACCUCAAAAUUUUCCAGAAUAUUUUCUGAUUGUUUUAGUAAUAGGCAUCGGAAGCUACAGCCGUUCAGAGAAACGUGACUGGCGUCAGUGGAUAGUGCGGCACACCUUACCGCAGACAACGAAAAUCACCCUGACUCGACACGUAACGAGCUACCAUCGGGUAGCCAUUGCCUGGCAACGUCGCUGCACAGCAAUCAAACUGCCGCUGGGAAACGUGAAAAUUAGAUCGAGAAGAACGAGGACGAAGACGUUACCUACUUGAACCAUCAGGAUAACAGUAGCGGCUGAGAAGAAUCUAAGAGCAACCACGAGCAAACUAAGAAGAAGCUUCGAACAAAUUCCACCCACGAUUUUCUGUAACGCGUUCACAACGUCUCGUCAUAAGUUGUUGUCGCUUGGAACGAGCCUUAAGCUAUCUAGAAGCAAGAGACGGAAACAUCAGUCACCAUGGCUAGCGUCAACGUUAACCGUAACGUCAGCGAUGCGUUUUAUCGUUACAAGAUGCCGCGUAUCCAAGCCAAAGUCGAGGGCAAGGGUAACGGCAUCAAGACCGUGAUCGUGAACAUGGUCGACGUAGCUAAAGCGAUCGGAAGACCCGCUACAUAUCCGACCAAGUAUUUUGGCUGCGAGCUCGGUGCUCAAACCCAGUUCGAUUUCAAAAACGAAAGAUUCAUCGUGAACGGUUCCCACGACGCUACAAAAUUACAAGAUCUCCUCGAUGGAUUCAUUCGAAAAUACGUUCUAUGCCCGGCCUGCGAUAACCCGGAAACAGAGCUUAUGGUAAGCGCUAAGAAAGGGACCAUCUCGCAGGGAUGUAAAGCUUGCGGUUACCACGGGUUACUCGAAAGUAAUCAUAAAUUGAAUACCUACAUCCUGAAGAAUCCACCGAGCCUGAAUCCUGCCGUUCAAGGCAGCUCGUUGACCGAAGGUAAACGCGGUAAACGUUCGAAACGCGCUAACGGUGACACAACAACCACUACUACCACCGCAACUGCGAACGGUGAUCGAUCUGGUUCACCUGAGAACGAUACAAGCACCACUGACAUCGUGGUCGAGGCUCCUGAAAAGAUGGCUUCAGAGGACUGUGACGACGACAAUUGGGCGGUCGACGUGUCAGAAGAAGCGGUUAGGGCUCGUCUUCAAGACUUGACGGACGGGGCUAAGGGGAUGACCAUCAGCGACGAUCUCGAUAAGACUGAAAAGGAGAGGAUGGAUAUGUUUUAUAAAUUAGUUAAAUGUCGUCGCGACGCUGGGCAACUGGACAACCAUAAAGAGCUGAUAACGGAGGCUGAACGCCUGGAGAUCAAGACGAAGGCUCCAUUGAUAUUGGCUGAAUUACUUUUCGAUCAAAACAUUGCUGCUCAAGCGAAGAAAUAUCGGGUACUUCUGCUACGUUUCACCCACGAUGACAUCAGGGCACAGAAGUAUUUAAUCAGAGGAAUCGAACAAGUGAUAGCCCUCCAUAAAGAUGCUUUGAUGCCAAAAGUACCCGGCAUUUUAAAGCUCUUCUAUGAUGUUGAUAUUUUGGAAGAAAAAGCUUUGUUCGAAUGGUCGAAUAAAGUGACCAAAAAAUAUGUAUCAAAAGAUUUAUCUCAAGAAAUUCACGAUAAAGCUGCACCGUUCCUAACUUGGCUGAAAGAAGCAGAGGAAGAAGAUUCUGAAUCAGAAGAAGAAGACGAUGAUCUGGAGAUUGAAUAUGAUGACAGAGCCAAACAAUCACUAAAACCACAACAGCCACCGCCUGUGCAGAAGAAGCCUGCUGUAGUUAAUGAAGACUCGGAUGAUGAGGAUGAUUUUGAUAUCGAUGCCAUUUAAAAAAGAUCAAAGAUGCUCAGUAGUCGGACCUUAGAAGAAAUAUGUGUCCGAUAAACGAUGAUUAACGAUCAUUUUUCACAGGAUACAAAGAGUCGCAAUGCAAUCUCUUAUUAUAUAUUAUAUAGCAUUUUCUUAUUUUAGGCCAAGAGGUUAAUUAAUAAUGCCAUUACAUGUAUGAGAAAUUUUAACUGUUUCCGAGUUAGCAAUAUUUAUCUGUACGGUAAUAUUUUAAUUGUUUUUAAUAAGGCGAUUAUGAAUUACCUAUAUCAUUAUUCCUAAUUAUUAUUGAGAUUUUUAAAACAAUCGAAGCUUCUAUAUUUCGAUACCCUAUCUCUUUUUAGAAAAAAAAAAGAAAGAUAUUGAUAGUUCUCUAAUGUUAUCGAGAAGUUGGCCUGCUAAAAGCGUUCUCUAUUGUAUCUAUUUACUAUUCAAAUAAUAAUUAUUCAAAUAAAUAUGGUUUAUCGCAA